CGGCGGGGACGCUGGGCUCCCCGCGGGCGCCUGAGGGCGGGCAAGUGGCGCGGGGUUCUUCCGCGUUCGCGCCCUCAGGUAGGGGUCCGCGGAGGGGGCCGACCGUGCCACCGGUCCCGCCUGGAACCUCGAUAAGGGGAGCCCGGCGCCGAUGGCCGCAGCAGGUGGACACUGAGGACUUCCUGGAGGAGGCGGCGCGCGGAGGGUCGGAGGCGCGGAGCAGCCUGAUGGCAGUGAUCCUGCCCCACCUCGGAGACCAGGACUUGGAAGGUGUAUUCCUGGCAGCUGGAUGGAAGUCUGUUUUCAGGAGUUGUUGUCCUUUGAUGACGUGGCCAUGUACUUCACCAGAGAAGAAUGGAACAGACUUGACUGGGCCCAGAAAGACCUCUACAGAGACGUGAUGCUGGAGAACUACAGAAACAUGAUCUUGUUGGAGGUCAGAGAUGCUUACUCCAUCCCCCCACCACAAUCUGCAUCCUCCACAUCUAUAAGACCUGUAGCAGCUGAAAAGAUUAUGACUGAUUUGGAUUCCAAAGGAUUUCAGUUUCCCAAACCUGAGGUGAUCUACCUGCUGGAGCAAUGGGAAGAACCAUGGAUCCUGGAUCUUCCAAGAGCUGGGACUAGGAAGGCUACCAGUAGUGCUUGUCCAGGUUCUGAAGCUAGAUGCAAGAUGAAAAAGCCAACUCCAAAGCAGAAAAUUUCAGAAGAUGUAGAGUCCUGUAAGACAUCAGUAAAGCAGAAAAUGGCCAAGAGACUUGGAGAAAAGUUACAUAAAUGUAAUGAGUUGGUGGACAUUUACAGACUCACAUUCCCUACUAUUGGUGAUGAAUGUCACAAGGACUUCCUUCAAAACCUCCACCUUAUUCAAAUUCAGAAUGCUCAAACAAGGAAGAAGCAGGGCAAAUGUGAGGAGAAUGGAAAACCUCGCAAUCAGAGAUCAUUCCUUUUGCAGCAUAAUAAGCAAAUUCUUACAAAUGCAAAAUCUUAUGAGUGCAGUGAAUGUGAUAGAGUCUUCAGGCGUCAGGCUAAUUUUGUUCGACAUCAAAGAGUUCACACAUCAGAGGAUCCCUUUGAAUGUGACAUAUGUGGGCAAGCCUUCAAACAGAAGUCUACUCUUAUUGUCCAUAAACAGUGUCACCCUCAAAAAAAGCCAUAUAAGUGUCAUGACUGUGGAAAAUUUUUCCGCCAGAUGGCAUAUCUUAUUGAACAUAAGAGGAUCCAUACCAAAGAAAAACCCUAUAAAUGUAGUGAGUGCAAAAAAACAUUUAGUCAGAAUUCAACCCUUAUUCGACAUCAGUUAAUCCACAGUGGAGAAAAACCCCAUAAGUGUCUUGAAUGUGGAAAAGCCUUUGGUCGGCAUUCGACCCUUUUGAGCCAUCAACAGAUUCAUACUAAACAGAACACUCACAAAUGCAGUGAAUGUGGACAGUCCUUUAGCCGAAGUGUAGAUCUCAUUCAGCAUCAAAGAACCCAUACCAAGGAGGAAUUCUUUGAAUGUAGAGAAUGUGGAAAAACUUUUAGUUUUAAGGCAAAUCUUCAUCGUCAUGAGGUCAUUCAUACCGGAGAAAGACCCUAUAGAUGUGACAAAUGCGGAAAAUCUUUCAUCUGGCGCACAAGCUUUAUUAAGCAUCAGGGUACUCACAGACAACAGAUACCCAUGUGAUACUAACUGGAAAAAGACCAUUUUGGGGAUCCAUGGGUGGCUCGGCGGUUUAGCGCCUGCCUUCGGCCCAGGGUGUGACCCUGGAGUCCCGGGAUCGAGUCCCAUGUCAGGCUCCCUGCGUGGAGCCUGCUUCUCCCUCUGCCUGUCUCUCUGCUUCUCUCUCUCUCUCUCUCUCUGUCUCUCAUGAAGAAAUGAAUAAAAUCUUAAAAAAAAAAAAAAGACCGUUUAAGGACCAAACCUUACCACUCUUGUAAUUAUGUGUAACUUCAUUGUUUUAUGAAAAUUAUUAAACAGGAACUGAAAUGGU